AUGAAUAUAUGCAAAUGCUACUACUUGAACGUCCAGCUGGCGACCUGCGCGAGCUGCCCCCUUCCAGCGGAUAAGUUUUUCUGUCCUGGCGGAGUGACGGCCGACAACAUUGAGACAAAAUGCAAGGAGCUGGACGCCGUCUCCCAAGGCGGGUGGUGGAUCGGCUUACCUGCCACAGACGCGCCGAUCAUCUACGAGGCCUGCUCGGUCCGUGGAGCAUGCGUCGGCGGCUGCGGCGAGUGUCGCCAGGGACAUUCAGGGCCCCUGUGUGCAAUGUGCAUCUCAGGGUGGUCCCGGGACUAUUUCACCACCGUCUCGCAUUGCGCCGAGUGCGCGAGCCAGCCGGUGCUCGCCGCCAUCCACGGCGGCACUCUGCUCGUUCACCGCGGGCCGUCGCAGAUCGCGGGAAUUGGGCCGAUUCCUGCUGUCAGGCAAAGAGGACCGCGCGUUUCCGAAUUUUUCUCUUUGGUGCAGCGAAGCCGCUUCGUCCCUGCGAUGAAGAUGUUGAUCACCUUCCUCGCCGUCUGGGGUGUUUACGGCCUCCAGGCUGAUUUGCGGGAGACAUGGGCCGAGAACAUCGAGGCAAACGCGAAUCGAACCGUUUCAGAAGAAGGCGACACUGCAGCCAUUGACGCUUUCAGUGGAUCGCCAGCCUACUUCGAAAACUACGUCUCUGCAGCGCGCUCCGUCUUGCUCUUCACCGUCGCCGGCCAGCAGGUGGACUGUUGGUUUUCACACACGCAGCAGAGCCCGCUCUACGUGUACACGCUCGUGGCGUUUUUGGUGCCGAUUGUGGUUCUCUUUUUCCUGUUUUGCAUCUUCAACGCAAUCUUUGUGCUGAGACGCAAUCGCCCACCUGCGGCCAAAAAGCUCCUCUUGAUCGUCACAAGCGCCUCGUGGCGCGACGUACUGGGCGAGACCCUCACUGCGGCUUUCUGGCAAAUCCUCUCCGCCUUUCUGAUUCUUUGGGUGCCCGGGGCAACGACGUACUUCAUUGCGGCGCUCCAGUGCAGCCCUCUCGCAGAUGGCGAAAGAGUGCAAGUGUACGACCCUACUGUGAGUUGCGGCGACCGAUCAUACUCGAACGCAACUCAAGUUGCGCUUCCUGGGUUGUUUGUCUGGACCUUUGGCUGUCCGAUUCUUUUCUUUCUCGCCAUGUUCUUCUACGUGAGGUCGCUCGAAGAGAAGCGGUACGCCUUGGUCUUUGCGUUCCUCAACGACUUUUACCGCGCCAAGUAUUUUUGGUGGGAGUCGCUGCGACUCCUCUUCGUCUCCACGCUUAUUUGCGCCGCCGUCAGUCCCUUCCCCAUCGGCCGACCGUCUUUCCUGACCAUUCUCCUCGCUCUCUACGGCGCCGUCUUCGCGCUCGCUCGACCCUACGUCGAGGAAACCCGCCCCCCCUGGGUCUUGAUCAAGAAGAAGAAGGGGAAGGGACUGAAAAUCAGUCGGAGCUUGCAGCUGCGCGAGUUGUUUAUGUGGAUCGAUCUCACGCUGGCUUUCCAGUUUGACUCGGUGCGCAUCUCGCUGAAGUCCGGCAUCCGACGGCGCGCGAUGGAGUUGCUCGUGGUGGUUCUCUUCUCCUUCGGACAAAUGCUGCUGGCCGUCUGGGUCUUGUGGGAGGUCGCGACCACGAUCAAGUUGCACUUCCGCAGGAAACAGAAAGCGGACAAGGCAGACGGCCUGCUUCCAGGAGACAUGCGGGACCUCUUGGAAGAGGUGGAGCUGCAGACUCCACGGGAGAUGCUCUCUCACAAAUUCUUGUUGAAAGACGAACAUUUUUUCGCGGAUGCCAUUCGCCUCUCGCCUUUCCCCGAAGAGGCGCUGGCGCAAACCGUCACGUUCAUUCACAACGAAAACCUCUCUGCAUGCGACGUCUACGCCGCCGCCGACUUCCUCUUCGAACAAGGUCACAUUGAGCCGCAGGGUCAGACGCUGUAUGUCACAGUGCCUCGCGUGGCGACAAUGUACAGCGACUUGACUUACGACAUUUCGACUACUGACGAAUUCACGGAAGAAAUGACGAAGCUGCUCAGACGCGUGGCCUCCCAGCUCAAGCUCCACCACCUGGUGGGUCUGAGGCUCUCAGUGGCGAAGCAGAUCCGCGCGAAGUAUCAGAUUGUGGGCAACAGUGGAGCGGAGACGAGACAGCGACAACGGGGAAGUCGCCGUCGAGACGAACGGCAGUGGGAAAGGCUGCUGGGGGGAGAGACCAGCGCGGACGUUCAGCUGCGGUGGCUGCAAAUGCGCAUGCAUCCCGAAGAUGCGACGGUCACCCGCGCAAGAGCCGAAUUCACUCUCAUCUUCCCCUCGGCCAAGCCAGUCUGCUUCCAGGAGGAGGUGGAUCGUCCAGAGGAGCCGUCGGAGAAGGAGGAGCCCGGGUUCUUCGAGAAGUUGGGGAAUGCUCUUUUCGGCGAAGAGGAGCGCGAAGAGCCAGCGCUGCCUCCUCAUUUGCAGGAUCCUCUCAACGUUCGCCUCCAUCCGAUUCCAGCCGUCGACAUUAUCUGA